AUGUCGUUCAACUGUUGCUCCUCCUUCUCUUACCCCAGCACCGUUGAACUAGCUUCGAGAGCUCCUACAGCUGCUGAGACAAAAGACGAGUGCUCUACAGCGCCCACAACCGUUGUUCAAGGGAUAGCCCCAACCUCAAUCAUUGGCCACGGCAAUACUGUCACUGGGGGGACGAUAGUUGCGGGCAAUUAUGCUCCUCAUGUCAUGAACGUAUACUCUCAUGCUCCCAAUACAUCUAGAACUCGUGACGAACUGAUAUCUGACAUUACCUCUUGGUUCGAUCUCAAAUCGAACUCGAGGGCUAUUCACAACGACGUGCGGAAGAAACGGAUCCCUGCAACAGGAGACUGGUUCAUCCACAGCAAGGAGUACCAGGACUGGAAGAGGACGAAGGGCGCUGUCCUUUGUGGUACGGGUAUCCCUGGUGCUGGGAAGACAGUAUUGAUGUCCCGGGUGGUCGAUGAUCUCCUACCCCUGGAGGGAACUGUUGACAAGAAGAUCUGUGUCCUCUUCAUCUACAACCGCUACAACGAAUCCCUCUCUCUUAGCGAUAUCUUAAAAGGGUUCAUUCUUCAAAUUAUCCAACGUCAUCAUCAUCUCGUGGACCUCGUCGAACCUCUUUACCGACGUGGCCGACUAGAGAAGACCCACCCAUCCGACGACGAUCUUCUCCACCUUCUCCUCAUGCUGGAGGGCCACUUUUGUCAAAUAUACUACGUCGUUGACGGAGUUGACGAGGUCGAUCGCAAACACCAGUUCGAUCUGAUUCAGGUCUUGAACCAGUUGCAAGGGAAUCUCAUCUUCGCCUCUCGCCCUUUGGAGGAUCUCAGGACUGAGUUGAAGGACGCCCAGUAUAUAACGCUGUUGGCACAGGAUGAAGACCUUCAACUACUGAUUGAUGAACGGCUGAGGCGAUACAAGGGGCUAUGUCGUGUUUUGGAGAAGCAUCGCUAUCGAGAGGAGGCCGUCAGACGGAUAUCAGAGAAGGCUGCUGGAAUGUUCCUCCAUGCUGCUCUCCAGAUCGAAGCACUCCGUAGCUGUUUGUCACUUGCCGCCGUACAAGCGAAGCUCGAUGAGUUUCCGGCAGGAAUAGAGGGCAUGUACACAGCCAGUAUCUCUCGGAUAGAGAACCAGGACCCUGAACUAGUCAAGAUUGCGAAAAUGGUGCUCUUCUGGCUUGUCUUUUCCCGCAGGUCCUUGUCGUUGCGGGACCUCCAAGCUGCGCUUGGUGUGAACGUGGAAACGUACAGUGUCGAGGAGUCGCUCAUGCCCGACGAUCAAUCCAUCAUUGACCUCUGCUGUGGUUUGGUGGAUCUGGACACCGAAAGUAAUGUUGUCCGUCUUGUCCCGAAAGAUACCCUCAAACCGCUUCUACUCAAGGAGUUUCCCCAGCCCCAUCUCUUCAUCAGCAAAGUCUUGGCCCAGCGGAUGGUGGACAACAAUCUGCCCCAUUGUACCAUCACAGAGCGCGAGGAGUUUGAAACGUUCAUUAAACAAGAACCACUUCUUGAAUACUCUCACGAAGAGUGGGGCUCCCAUGUUUCGGAGUGCAGGGAUUCCCCCGAAGCAGUCGACGCUGCCAUGGCAUUCCUACGCCAGUGCACCUCCUUUCCCCGGAUCGUGCUUGGAAGUUUCGACCAUUUUCAACCACUCCAUGUCGCUGCCGCCUAUGGACUACCGAUGUACUUGGACCACGCGAUUGCAACUGACGGAGAUCCGAAUUACCUGACAAGGGGGCAUGCAACCUGGUCCGACAGUUCGUCCCAGGAAGAGGCCCAACCCGAAAGUAUCAGGAUCAAUGGAACUACGAAACGGGGCUGGACCGCACUGAUACUGGCAUCGGGUCUUGGCAGAAUCGAAUUCGUGAAACAAAUUCUCCAAAUACCAAAUGUCGACGUUAACAUGGGUGGUGAAGACGGUGAAACAGCCUUACAACUGGCUUCAGCCUUUGGACACGAUGAAGUCGUCAAGGAGCUUCUCCAGGUUCAUGAGAUCAACGUCAAUGCUGUGGACAACACCAAGGCAACGGCACUCCUGCGGGCCUCGUUUUCCGGUGCCCAUGAAGUGGUCAAGCAGCUCCUUCAGACCCUCGGGAUCGACCUCAAUGCUGCCGACGAUAGGGGGCGGACGGCACUGAUGGAAGCCUCGUCCAUGGGCCACGAUAGAGUGAUUCUCCAACUCCUCCAGAGUCAAGGUAUCGACCUUGGCCUUGUGGAUCGGAUUGGCUGCAAUGCACUCAUGCUGGCCUCGUAUUUCGGCCACGAGACAGUCGUCACACAGUUACUCGAGGGCCACGUGCUCGACGUCAAUACAGCCAGCAACCGAGGGGCGACUGCCCUCAUGCUAGCCUCGAUGAAAGGCCAUGACGGGGUGGUCCGUCAGCUCCUUGGGGUACAUGGAAUCGACGUCGGCGCCGCGUCAGCGACCGGGUGGACAGCUCUCAUGUCUGCCUCAUCUAACGGCCACGACGGAGUUGUCAACCAGCUACUUGAGGUCCAUGGAAUCGACGUCAAUGCAGCAAACGACGAAGGGUGCACUGCACUCAUGCUAGCCUGGUUGGAAGGCCGCGACGCAGUGGUCAAACAGCUGCUCGAUGUCCCUGGAAUCGAUGUCAAUGCCAAGAACAGCCAAGGCUCGACGGCGCUCAUGAUAGCCUCCGAAAAAGGCCACGUCGGCCAGCUCCUCGCCCGUGGAGUGGACGUCAACACAGCAAAUAAUGACGGGUGGACAGCGCUCAUGCUAGCCUCCAGGAUGGGCCACGAUGGAGCGGUCAGCCAACUUCUCAAAGUCCAUAACAUUGGUGUCGACUCUGCGAACAACAACGGGUGGACUGCGCUGAUGGUUGCUUCGAAAAAUGGCCACUAUGGAGUGGUCAAACAACUUCUCCAGGUCCGUGGAAUCGACGUCAAUGUAGUCACCAACGACGGGUGGACUGCGCUGAUGGUCGCCUCGCGCUAUGGCCAAGUUAGAGUGGUCAAGCAACUACUAGAGGUCCGUGGAAUCGACGUCAAUGCAGUCAACAACCAAGGGAUGACUGCCCUCAUGCUAGCCUUGUUGAAAGGCCACGAUAGAGUCGUUCAGCAGCUACUCGAAGUCCAUGGAAUCGACGUCAAUGUAGUAGGGCCAGAAGGGUGGACUGCACUCAUUCAAGCCUCAUCCGAGGGCCACGACGAAGUGGUCCGCCAACUCCGAGCCCACAGAGUCGAUGUCGGCGCUGUGACAACAGCUGGGUGGACGGCUCUAAUGACUGCUUCACAUAACGGCCACGGCGGAGUGGUCGGCCGACUCCUCGAGUUCCAUGGAAUCGACGUCAAUGCCAAAAAUUACCGGGGCUGGACAGCGCUCAUGCUAGCGUCGGAAAAAGGCCACGGCGGAGUAGUCAGCCAACUCCUCCAGGUCCAUAACAUUGGUGUCGACUCUGCGAGCAACAACGGGUGGACUGCGCUGAUGGUUGCUUCGAAAAAUGGCCACUAUGGAGUGGUCAAACAACUUCUCCAGGUCCGUGGAAUCGACGUCAAUGUAGUCACCAACGACGGGGGGACUGCGCUGAUAGUCGCCUCGCGCUAUGGCCAAGGCAGAGUGGUCAAGCAACUACUCGAGGUUCGUGGAAUCGACGUCAAUGCUGCCAACAACGACGGGUGGACUGCGCUGUUGGUCGCCUCGAGCCAUGGCCAAGGCAGAGUCGUCGGCCAGCUCCUCCAAGCCCAUGGAGUCGACGUCAAUGUUCCCAAUAAACACAAUUCGACAGCACUCACAUUGGCAUCGGAGUUUGGGCACGAAGACAUCGUCCAGCAGUUGCUCAUAAAUGGCGCUGAUCCUAACGCAGCCGACAACGACGGCGACACUUCCUUGAUAAUGGCAUCCCGUGAAGGCUACGAAGGCAUCGUAACGCAGCUCCUCGAGUGCCCGGGUAUCGAUCUUGAUGCUGUGAACAAUGCUGGAAAGUCGGCUUUGUCUGAAGCGCAAGAAAAAGGACACUCGAAGAUCGUAGAGCUGUUAACUAGUUUCGUUCAGAAAUGGUCGACUGUUGUAAACCCAUGA